AUGAUGAAUAUUACAAGUCGAAUACAUAAUUCUAAACAACGUAGAAAUGUUUUCAUAAUGAUUGUUCUGUUCGCUUAUAUAUCAUCAAUUAUAAUGAUUCAUAAUUACGUAAUCAACAGUUCAGUGAAAGAGGAAUUUUCGAUUAGUGACGUUUUGUUUCAAAUGAACGCUCUAAAUAUAUGUACGACGUCAGAGCAAAUGUGGCUUCGAUGUGUUGAUCAUUUGAAUAAUCUGAGUGUAUGGAAUUACAAAACAUUUUCUGUAUUCGAUUCAUCAGUUCGUGUGUUUCGCACACCGUUAAACGGUGGACUUAUGGAUAUACAAAUUCCAUUCAAAACAAAUGGUGAGAAUCGUGUGAAUGAUACAUUGAAUGAACGUUAUAAUUUGUUGAAUAGUAAAGAUGCAAUUCAAAAGUCUUCUGGCCAGUCAAACGUGGAAACGGAAACCAGAACAGUGCAUGUUCCGAAGUAUUUCAACGUGAAAGAAGCACUUGAUGCGAUUAAAGUUGGGUUGCCUGACGAUGCAGUAAGUUGUUUAAGUGCCUCUAAAUCACUUAUUGUUAUAAUAAAUAAUAGUGCAACAUUAUGUAUAUAUUAUGCAUGA